AUGGCCGAGGAGGCUGACACAAACGAUAACGCGGCGAUGGAAAGUAUAGCGCAAAACAUAGCGGAGGUCGGUGGCACCGGUGACGGCGACGGCGGCGGCGGCGGCGGCGGCGGCGACGACGACUCGCCGUGCGCGACGACGGGCGAGGUGGGCGCGCUGCAGUUCCAGGCGUCGCAGGUGAUCGCGCGGCUGGAGCGGGCGGUGGAACGGGCGGCCGACGGCGGCGGCAUCACGUGGAACAACCCCUCGGGAUUCCUGACGCAGCCGAAGAAACCGGACGAGAUAUUGGCGUUGAUACAGGAUUUGGUAGUUCAUGAGGACGCGCCGCAACUAGCCGAGCCAGGAUCCACGGACUCGCCGAUCAGUCAGAUCACCGCUCUGCCAACCCUAUCCGAAGCGGCGAAAUUGGCCUUAAUCACGCAUACCGUCUCGGCUUACGCGGUAGCGUUACCGAAGACACACGCGCAGAAGCUCGCGGGUCGCCUCGCGGCCGACACGACGAGAUGGCUCAGCCACAUCUUCCGCUUCGUCGACUGCGCCUCCUCCUUCCACGAGGACCACCUCGAGGGGCUGGUCAGGGUGACGCGGCUCGCCCUACAUCGGAAAUACCCGCGGUACAUGGAGGAGGGCUUCACCGCCCUCGUGUCUCAGCCUCCCCUGAUUUACAGCUCCGUCGCUGCACCCAUGGGCGUCGUGCAGCAUUUGUGCAGACAGCUCUCCUUGCCGCUUCAUUGCAUAAGACCAAUCCCGCAUAACACUAUGUUCGGCUCGAGGCAUACUAUGGACGUCUCAGCGCUGGAACGACGCUUAGCGGAGGACACUCAGUCGAACAACGUAACGCCGUUGCUCGUCCUAGCCGAAGCCGGCUCGGUGUUGACGGGACAUUGCGACAAUAUUACGCGAUUACGAGCGAUAUGUGACAAAUAUAACGUCUGGCUGCACCUCAGAGGACAUUCGCUAGCUGCGCUCGCACUGAAUAAUUCGGCGAAGGAUCUGCCGUCGAAAAUAGCGGACAGCAUUACGUUACCGCUCGGAACGUGGCUUGGUAUACCGUCGCUACCGGUAGUCACAUUGUACAGAUUAGCAGAUAUUAAAGGGGGAAGGCCCACUCCGAGAGAUACCACCCUAUCGUUAGUUUCUGGAUUGAUGGCGGAUUCCCUGUCGAGACGACUACCGACUUUGCCUUUGUGGACCGUUCUGCAGGCUUUAGGUCGGGACGGUGUACAUAAUAGAUUUAAAAGAUGUUUCUUGGCUGUGGAAGAGUUGUACAAUAAAAUUAAAGAGUUCUCCUGUAUUAGAAUACUGAGUCAACCGCCUGGCGGCGAAACGGAGUCCUAUACCUUAAGCGAAUACCUAGCAAACCCCGUGAACAAUUUACAGUUGUUUGAAGUAGUUGCCAACGCGUUAGUUUUCCAAUUCGUGUCUGCGAAUAAGGACCUCCAAGCCACGGAUCGCGUGCUGCCUUAUUACGAUAAGUUGAACUCCUGGCUGGGACAGAUUCUUCAGAGGGACAUCGACAAUAUACAAAUAGAACUUUGUGAUAUAGAACAGUGCGGUGUCGCGAUUCGCAUCUGCCCGUUGGAGAAUCCCGAUCAACCGCCCACGACCGAAGAUAUAGACAAUUUAGUGACCUGUCUUGAGCAACAAAUUGAAAUAUUGCUAGCGACAGUGGAGCACAAAGACACCUUCGUACGUUUAGUCUCGGAGAACGAUUCUUUGCAUUUAGUGGAAAUGCCGGGUUGGGCCGGCCUGGGAGGUGUGCGUUACGCUCCACCCACCUGGAUUCACGUUAUGACCGAUCAGGCGAGGGAGGAAUUGAACAAGCUGAAUACGCAGUUGGUCGAAACCCUACGCAGCACGGAUGCCGCGUUUUCCCUCGGAGAAGGCGCGGACGGUCUAGCUUGCGUGCGAUUUGGCAUGGUAACACAGGACACAGACGUGGCCGAACUACUGUCUUUAGUCUUGCAAGUUGGCCAGGAGGUGGAAGCUAGUUCCAAAAUGAUGGAUACCAUUUCCGAAGUGGUUAAAAGAGGUAUCGAGACGGCGCAGACGGAUCUGGAGAGGGAAAACGCGGAGAAAUUAUGGCAGGAGGGUAUUCUCAGGCACGUUCCCGUAGUGGGAACUUUCGUCAAUUGGUGGAGUCCUAUUUCGAAGGAGACAGGUGUUCGCGGUCGCAGUCUGAAUUUGCAAGCUGGUGUCGUGGAGAGUACGGAGAAUAUCUACAAGUAUCACAUGCAGUUGCAGCCUAAUUUCACGAACAGCAACGGUUCCGGCGCCCGAACUCCGCCGCAGCCGCUAGUGCAGACGCCAGUCGGCGCUAACAGUCAAAGCCACAGUCGUUCGUCGAGUCAUUCUAGCCUGCAGAGCGGUAAGAAUGUACCUCUAAUAAGCAAUGUCAGUUCCCAGCCCCAGGUGAAGGAAGAAUCCGCGCAGACGAAGUCGUAGUGAACAUUGUACCGUUUCAAAUAAAUCGAGAGCACAUCGUUCCAAGUUGUCGAAACUUGGGGAUAAGAGCAAUGCUUUCUGAGCUAAACGCUAAAAAAAAAAGUCCCCUCUAGGAGAUGCAGUUUUUAGCGAAAUAUAUUAGACCGUAACUUGUAUAGCUUAUCGAUUGGAUUGAAUAGAAACGACGGUGCGUGCGACGGUUUAAUUUCAUCUUGCUGCUGCUACUUUUGACUGGCUGAUUCUCGCUGAAGAUAUUUCUCGCUUUUACGUAAAUCUAAAUAAUAGUCUCCGCAAGCCUUUUUCCGCAAACUCCGUACAAUUUUGCCUAUCAUUUGUGCUGUUAAGCGACUUAAUCAUGGGAUGGCCCAUGUACUUACUAGACUGAUAACACUGUAGUGGCGUCGCUUUUAUGACAAAAUUCAUAACAGUUUUACUGAAGUACCUUCUUGCGACACAAUGGCCAGAAUGAAAUUAUUUUCUCUUCUAAUCUCGACUGUCUUCUUCUCAUUCUUUAAUAUUAAUUUGCUAGAUAAUAUAUUCCUUAUUUUAUCAAAGAUUAUAUUGCAAGAACAUUAUUUAUUGUUGAAUAGUAGAAUUUUUUUUUGUAUAUUAUGCACUUUAACUACUCGCUAACUCAAGGUAUCAAGAUAGUAUAACAUUCAAUUUUUAAUUAAAAUUAUUUUUAAAUUACCCUUUAUUCGCGGAUUUUUGCUUCUUUUAAAUUGCUUGCUAAUUUUCAAAUUGAUAGUUCGCACUCGUUAAGUUUUACGUCUUCAUUCGUAAGCACAAUACUGCAAUUAAAGUUUAUUGAGAAUAUAAUGCGUUUACUUUACGAAUUAAAAGUAAGCUGUGUACAUUUUACCUUUUAAUGAAGGAAGUUUAUGAGGAACAUAAUUGAAUGAAAAUAUAUAAUAGAAAAUGCGUUCCGAUAUUCGAAAGAUGUAACAACUCGCCAAAGAAACUUAUAUACAUAUAUUCACGUCGAAAAAUAAGAUCCGUAUUGUUGCUCUUGUAUUAUGUAAUCGACGAUGACACCAGGAAGAAAUAUUUCAACGAUUAACAUCAAUAAAUAAGUUAUAUUGCAUUUAGGAAAUUACUCGUAAAUUGUUGAAAAAUAUCGAAGAUGCAAAUAAAUCAAGCAGUAUGUAUAUUUAUGUACCAAAACUUGUAAUAAAGCAAUUGCUAAUGAAUAAAUAAUAUAAAAUAGAAACC